AUGUCGUCGAUGCGAAAUGCCGUCCAGCGGCGCCAACAUCGUGAGCGUGGCCAGCUCGAAGGCCGUGAGAAAUGGGGUCUUCUUGAGAAACACAAGGACUAUUCGCUUCGCGCAAAAGAUUACAAUGAGAAGAAAGCCAAGUUGAAGCGCCUGCAAGAGAAGGCCAAGGACCGUAAUCCUGAAGAAUUCUACUUUGGCAUGGUCGGAUCGAAGAAUGCACAGCAAGGAAAGCAUGGACGGGGUGUGGGUGUCUCUCGCGAUUCAGCCGCUGCGCGCGGGCUCAGCCACGACGCAAUCAAGCUGCUCAAGACGCAGGACCAGAACUAUCUACGCACCGUGGGAGAGCGGAUACGUCGUCAAAUCGAGCGUCUCGAGCGCGAUGUGCAAUUGCAAGAAGGCAUGAACACGGCUCUUGGGGUCAAGUCCAAGAAGAAGGAGCAAGAUAUGGACGAGGAUGACGACGGGGACGACUUUGAUGGCUUCGAUGGCCUGGACGAUGAUUUCGACUUUGGCGCCCCCGUGGCUCCUAAGCCCCGCAAAGUUGUAUUUGCAGACGAUAAGGGAGUGCAACAAAGUAUGGCGCAGCAGCACGAUGCGGAGGACUCGGACGGCAUGGAUGAGGAUUCGGAUCAGGAUCAGAACGCGGCAGAGUCAUCCAAAUUGCGGAAAACGCCCAAGCAACUGGCCGCAGAGAAGGAAGCUAUGCGUGAAGCCCGUCGCGCCCGCAAGAUUCGAAAACGGGUUACGGAAGGCCGUGAAAACAAGCUGGCGGCGCUGCGGAGGCAAUAUGCUGAGAUUCAGAAGGCUGAGAGGGAAGUCGAGCUGCAACGGGGCAAGAUGGAUCGGUCGGUGGGAGGGACCAACAAGCACGGCCUCAAGUGGAAGGUUCGUGAGCGCAAGCGCUAA